AUUUCUAUCGUAUGGCGCUGCAGCAACGUGAACACAACACCGAGUUGUGUUGUGCUGCCUACGUGGGCCAUGAAAUUUCAUACUUGCUACCACACCUGUGUAAUCAGUUGAAACGAACGCGUGUGUUAAACGCUCUGAUAUUACAUACUACAUAUAUUUAUUUAAUUUAAGUGUUUGCUAAGUAAAAUUAAAGCAUGUGGAAAGAAUCGAAUGGAAAUUGUAGUGGAAACCCGAAAGCUUUGUAUUUACAGUAAAAAUGUAGGCCAUUAAAAGCAAAGCGACAAUCUCAAGAGAAUAAUGCAGGCACAAACGUAGCUGCAUACAUAAAAUCAUAUAUACAUGCAUACAUGCAUAGAUAUAUACAUAUUUGAAUACUCGUUUGCCAAUUUCGGUGCAUAAUUGUUGUUAGUAUGCUCGCAUAGUCAGUGCUUCAUCGACCAGCUACUUCGUCGUCCGUUGCACUGCUUUCACCCGGCAAAGUUCGUUGUUGGCUAAAAAUACGAGCCCCUGCAAUCUACUCGUACCUAUCCAAAAUACGAAUUCCUUUCAUAGUAUUUUUUACACAACUGUGUGCUGUGAAUGUCGUGAGACAUUUUAAUAAAAAUUAAUGAAAAUCAUCAAAAAGUAGACGUGUGCGAUUUGAAUAUUUUUCGAACGUAAUCCGUAUGCAAAAACAAAAAGAAAACAAGAAGUUUUAGUGCGUCAAAAUUGUCUACAUAGAAAGUGAACAGCCGAAGCAAAACAAAAUAAAUUUAUUUAAAAAAAGCCAAAAACAAACGCUAAAAUAAAAGUUGCCACUAAUUUACAUAAUCGAAAUCCACGUGAAAAGCAUACGAAAUUUUGUUGGUGAUUUUAUAUUGUGCAUAUCGCGUUUGUUUCCAAUUGUAUUAGUAAUCAACAUGAAUAUGAUAUAUCAGUUUUUCCGUCACAAUCACGUCUUGGCCAUAUGCGAGGACGCAAUUGACAAUAAAUCGUUUACGUUGAAUUUGUCGCGUUUCGAGAUGCCUGAUGUACCUGAUUUGGUGGAAAAGUGUCCCAUUCUGCUGAAACUCUUCCUGAAUCACAAUCAUUUGACCAAGUUGCCACCCAUUAUUGCCAAUUUGUCACGCCUGCAGGUAUUAACUUUGGACUAUAAUCGACUCGAUGCUUUUCCCAUGAUUAUUUGCCAGUUGACAAACCUGCGUAUACUUAAUCUUAGUUGUAAUCAAAUAGCUAAACUGCCACCAGAAAUUGGUCAUCUUACACAAUUGGAAACAUUUUGGUGCAAUAAUACGGGCCUUCUGGAAAUUCCCGAAGAGAUCGGCAACUGCUACCGCCUGGAGACGAUGGGAGCACGUGGCAAUAAACUGAAACACUUACCAGACAGUAUGGGCCAGCUAACGAAUCUACGUUGGCUGACAUUUGAAUCGAAUGAAUUGACUAAUGUACCCACCACAAUGGACACACUCGUCAAAUUGGUACAUUUGAAUUUCAAAAAUAAUCACCUCACCAGCGUACCCGCUUGUCUGCGACAUAUGCGUAAGCUGCAAUACGUAUUUCUGAAUAAUAAUCGCAUAGAGACAAUGCCGGCGACGGAAGAUCUCUUCAGCACACGUUUUGUGCGCUUGCUCAAUCUCAGUGAGAAUCCAAUUUGCGAUGAGGAAGAGGCACGUCGACAAUUGAGGGAACAUUUGCAUGUGCAGUGCGAAGAACGGCUGGACGGAGCGGAGCAGCAACGUUUGGCAAUGCGCGGCAACGAGCAGAGUGAGGACGAUGAGGAUGACGAGGGUGAUGCAAACUCCGAUUGGGAGAAUAGUAUAGAGACUAGUGAUUUAGACACAACAGAUGAGAGUGGACCUGAAAAUGACUUAGAGGAUAUUUCCGUGCUUAUACCUGAACUUUCACGUUACAUAACAAACUUCAAUUGAAUCGAUUCGCUCCUGACUUAAGCUAAGAUUUCGUUGUUGUUGUUGCAACAGGUUAAACA